AUGACUAGACGAAUCGUUCCAGAAAAUGCAGAAUCCAGUUGGAAAGCAAGUCAAAAAGAAGAAGUUGAAGAGGAGGAACAAUUGUUGGUCGCUGAGAAGAAGGAAAAGAGGCCUCUGAUUCUUGGGAUUUUACUUUCGGUUAGAUUAUUCUUGAUUAUUGUCAUUAUGAGUGUUGUAUUAUUGACGGCCUUGUCAAUUUGGAUAACUUCAUACAAAGUCAAUCAGGAUCAAGCAAUGGAAGCAGUUAAUGUAUUGAUUUCGAAUAUUAGAGAAAAGGUUUCGAAUUUCUUGAAUAGUCAAUUGGUACCUGCCAAGCAAGUAGCUCAGCAAAUGGCCUAUGAUUACCAUAAUAAGUAUGUCAAAAUAGAUGACAGUGCCUUGCCAUAUGUCUUUUCAAAAAUGAGAGUUUAUAACAUUACACUUGCUAACUUAUGUUAUGGUGAAGGUGGUUUAAAUGCAAUGCAAGCAGUUACAGUGGACGAAACUAAGGGAUCUUUCGUUUGGGCAAAGAAGAAUCCUGGAGAAAAUUUCCUUACAUGGAUUUUAGAUUCAGAUACUGGAGCAGUUGUAAAAUCGUAUGGAUUGAUUCUUCCUGCCUAUCCAGUUGGUAAAAUGGACUAUUAUGUUGAAUCGUUGAGUUUAUUCCAAAAUUAUCCUCAAGGUGCUUUUGGAAAUGUCUAUCAAGUGAUUAACAGUUCAAUGCAGACAUUCUUCUCUGUUCCAAUUUAUAACACAACGAAUACUACAUCAAAGCAAAGACUUGGUAUUUCAAAAGUCAACAUUUCACUAACCUUAAUAGGAAAAUUCCUGGCAAGUGUUGAAGUUUUGACACGUGGGUUUGUCAUUGUUUCAGAAUUCAACACAGAUUAUGUAAUUGGUUCCUCCCUUGACAUUCCAGAACUUUUACUCCAAAGAAUUCACUCGGUCAACAUUUCCCAGCACAAUGCAGGAGAAAUUAUGAGAAAGUUUCAUGAACUUUCGGGUAAAGUUGAAACCUUCCAAACUACUCUAACCAUUGGACAAACCACUUAUCUUAUCAGUUCUAGUGCGUAUGUGUUUGAGAAUAUUAAAUGGAGAAUGACACUUGUCUUUGAGGAGAGUGAAAUUAUGGAAGGUAUCAUUGUAAGCAGUUACAUCAUUUUGGGAGUUACAGUUGGUGUUUGUUUAUUAGGUAUUUUGAUAAGUGUUUUGAUUGGAAAUGUGGUGACGAAUCCUUUCGUCCAACUCGAAAAGGAUUUUAAAAAGAUUGAAAUGCUUGAUUUGGCAAAUAUUAAGCCAAGAUCGUCACUCUUCUCAGAAGCUGCAAAUAUUUAUGCAUGUUUAACUGCAACUGUUCAGUGGUUGAAAGAUUUUAAAUCUUUUCUUCCUGAUUCAGUUUUGAAUCAAUUAUCAGAUUCGAAUAAUGAUACUUGUGAUAAGGAUAAGGAUCCUCCUGGUGAUUCAUCAUUAAGAGAAAGUGCAAGUGCCAUUAAUUUAUCCAAUCGCAAAUCUGAAACUCAAUCAAGAAUCAGUUCCCAUCAUGACAAGAAGAGAGACAUGUUUAAAUUGGGAUUAUCAGUCAAGGAAUGUUGUGUUGUUAAUGUCAGAAUUAAUAACAUGAAUGAGAAAUAUUUCUCAGAUCCUGAUGUACUUUCACAAACAAUUUCUAAGGUUUUAACUGGAAUUUCAACAAUUUGUAAAACAGUUCGAGCUGAUUUACAAAUUAAGAGUUAUGAUGAAUUUUUGGUGAUUUUUGCUGAUCGACCACAAGUUUCAAAUAUUGGAUUGGAAACUGCAUUGAAGAUUGUUGCUGGAAUUGGUCAUUUGAAUGAUAAUUUGACAAGAAAUGGUCAUGGAAAGUUGAUCAAUUCCAUUGGCAUUGCCUCUGGAAAUUCACUGCAAGGAAAUGUUGGAAACAAACAAACAAGAUACUUUGCUCUUGUUGGCACAGUGAUUGAAAGGGCAAAAGAUUUGUGUUUCAUGAGCUCACAAUUCGAAACUCCAGUCUUGACUGAUCAAAUCACUUUCAAACAUGAGGCAAAACUCCAAGCACAACGAUUAUACUCUAAGUGUGGAGAAGCUCUUUCAAGCAAGAGAGAAUGA